GUGGGCGGCUGGUUGGAGCGAGUGCAGCUUCUUCUCGAGAAAGAAGUGCGAGAGAUUCUCGAGCAAGGGGAGCAGGAAAUGAAGAAAGGCUUCCAGGGAGUUGGAGGGGUCUCUCUCUCUGAGUCUGAAAGGAACUCCACAUCAUAUUACGAGCUAUCAAAGUGUGCCGAGAAGACGCGAGCCACUUUGGAAGAAGAGCUUCGCAAGGCCAGCAGUUUCACAGUUUUCACCUACAAGCCAGAUGAUCCCCCGAUGUUUGAGAAACCUCUCGAGCCGCCAGUGGGCUUAGAUUCCAGCUUUGAGGAGGUAUGGGAGUGGGUUCAAGAUGAAAGCGUGAGACGUAUAGGGAUAUAUGGCAUGGGCGGUGUGGGAAAGACCACCCUCUUAAAGAAUAUCCACAAUGAAAUCCUGAGAAGGCAGGAUAAAUAUGAUGUGGUUGCUUGGAUUGUGGUGUCCCGACCAACUGAUCCUACAAAAAUUCAGAAAGCCAUCUGGGAGAAAUUGAAUCUCGAUCGAUCUGAAUUUGAUCGCACCAGUGAAUCGGAUAGAACUGGCAAGAUAUAUAGCAUUAUGAAGAGGAAGAGUUUUCUGCUCUUUUUGGAUGACAUAUGGGAGAAAAUAGAUCUCUUGAAUCUUGGCAUUCCUUAUCGUGGUCAUGAAUGGAAAUCAAAGAUCAUCUUCACAACCCGAUCAGAGGAAGUAUGUGGUCAAAUGCAAGCUGAGAGGACAAAGAAGAUUGAUUGUUUGCCACCAGAUAAAGCCCUCGAACUAUUCCGAGAGAAGGUGGGUGAAGAAACUUGGACCGCCCAUGUUGAAAUCCCAAGGCUUGCCGAAUGUCUAGUUAAAGAGUGCGCGUACUUGCCGCUUGCUCUUAUUACUGUAGGGGCAGCUAUGGCCAGUAGGAAGGAUCCCGAUAAAUGGCGACGAGCUAUUGAAUAUUUGCAGAAUCGCCCAUCAGGCUUUGCAAGAAUGGCAGAAAGGGUGCUGUCCGUGCUAGAAUUUAGCUAUGAAGCUUUGCCAAAUGAAACGCAGAAGAAGUGCUUCUUGUAUUGUUCAACAUUCCCAGAGGAUUUUGUGUAUCACAUGGAUGAGUUGAUUGAUCUAUGGAUGGGGGAGGGCUUUCUCAGCGAAUGCGAUGGUUCACAUGAAGCACGUAAUUUGGGAAUCAAUAUAAUCGAACACCUCAUAGAUGUUUGUUUGUUGGAGGAAGUUGACAAUUCUAUUUUUGGCGAAACAACUUUUAAAAUGCAUGAUGUAGUUCGAGAUAUGGCUUUAUGGUUGGUAUCUGAGCAUGGGCAGAAGAAGAAUAAGAUAGUAUGUCUGGAAAAGCAGAGGUCCUUUGAGCCGAAGGAAUUUAUGAAGUGGACUAAUGCAGAAACAAUUUUUCUCCAGAUUAGGCAUCAAGAGAUGGAAAACUUCCCUGUAACACCCACGGCUUUUUCCAGUCUAUCUACUCUGAUAAAACGGGAUACCAGUGUGAAGACAUUUCCGAAAGGAUUCUUUUCUUCCAUGCCAUUGUUGAGAGUGCUGGAUUUGUCACUCAAUAGUCACUUGGAAGAGUUACCAGAAGAUAUUGGAGCACUAGUAAAUUUGAGGUACCUUAAUUUGUGGUGGACACAAAUAACGAAGCUGCCUGUGGAGCUGAAGACUCUGACAAAGUUGGUGUUUCUGCUUUUAGAUGAUCGAUGUGGUGUUCCGAAGGGACUGGUCCCAAGUCUGCCAUUCUUAAGAGUGUUUAGUUGGGUUAUGGGAAAGUGGGGUAACCCAAUAAAUGAGGGAGAAGAGCUCAAUGUGAUUGAGGAGCUGAAUGGCAUGAACAACCAAAUAGAUGAUGUUUGCUUGGGAUUACACUUUGCCGCUAGUGUCCAAGAAUUACUCACGGACUGCCCACACUUGCAGAGGUGCUUAAGAGAACUCGAUCUUGGAAGGUGUGUGGGUUUGCGGUCACUUAUAAUCCCGAAGCCAUCAUUGAGGAGAAUGGAGCAUCUCAGAGUUCUAUGGGUUUUGGAGUGUGAAUUCGAAGAGAUAAGUAUUACAGUUGUACAAUUACUAGUUUAGUAUCUUAAUAUUACUAGUAUCUCGUAUUUUUGUAUAGCAUCUUUAUUUUAGGCUAGAUAUCCUGCCUUUCUCUAUAAGUCUAGAACUUUCUUCUUACAGCUGAAUGUAUUUUGCUCAUAUAAGAGAUUCCUCUAGUGAAUGAAAUAAUAUCGAGGAUUUGCAGACAA